UCUUUUCUGUUCUUUCCAAGCAAUUUUUAGGGUGGCUCAAUUUUCUCUCUCACUCUCUAUCCUUCUUCUCAAUGGAAAUGGGGAGAAAUGACACAGUAGAGAAAAACCCAUUCCAAUAAUGGGAAAAGAGUGACGGAAAGUUGAAGUUUCAGAGAGAAAGGUCUGAUCUUUAUCUUUACUUGACAAAAAAUGACAUAUGGAAGUCUGUUCAUGGUUUGCAUGUGAGCUAUUGUCAUAGAGAUUGGUUCUUUUUCUUUUUGAAGGAAUAAGAGAGAGAGAAUCAAAACAGGAAUGGGAAAAUGAGCGGUGAACAUAUAUGCUCUGUUUGUUUGUUUUCUUGGUCAAGUUUUCACUGUUUAGCCAUGGAAGCUGCAGAGACUUGGAGAUCUUUGUGCAUUAAUUGAUGACUUGAAGAGCAGUUGCCGGUGAUAUCUGAGCAGAUUAGUAAAAGAGUAUUCAUGCUGAGGAAUAUCAGAUCUAGAGUGACCAAAAAACAAGGAUUAAUGGCUGAUCAUCAAGGGUCUCAAUCAUCUUCAUCUCCCAUGCAAGAAUACUCAAAACCAGUUCAGUCCUUUUUUGGUUCUCCAAGGUUCAAAGCCUUCACUACAAAAUGUCAUGGUGAGACUACUCAUGAGACGCUGAUGAUGAUCAGUCCAACUUCAAUCCUUGACAACAAACCAGUCUAUCCUUUCAAAAACCCAUUUUGGUAUGAAGCAAACCAACCCAAAUCCCCAAAAAUUGAGGAAAAGCAAUUCCCAUUAGAGAAACUUGACACCAAAGGCAUUGCCCUUGCUCUUCUUGAUAAACCCAUUGAAGAAACUUCUUCUUCUUCUUCUGGUUAUAAUCCUGGUCCCAAGGUCUUGUUUGGAGCUAAGCUUAGUAUCCAAAUCCCUCCCUUGCCUCCAUCUUCAAUUUCUCCACUUGGGUCUCCUAGAUCUCCGGCUGAUUUUGGGACCAAAACCAGGAAUCCAAACCUAUCCCCAAAUGGGUCUGCUGCCAUUCAUUUUGGCAUCCAAACAGAGGAUUUUGAUGGAGUUUCCAAGGGCUAUUUGUCUGUGAGUGAGAUGGAGCUUUCUGAGGAUUACACUCGAGUGAUCUCUUACGGUGAUAAUCCUAAAACAACCCACAUAUUUGGUAAUUUCGUUGUGGAGAGCCAUUAUUCCUUCAGUAAGCCAAACUCUGGAACCAAGGACUUUCUCAGUUCCUGCUACACAUGCAAGAAAAAUCUUGAUCAGAAGAGUGACAUUUUCAUUUACAGAGGAGAGCAAGCUUUUUGCAGUAACGAGUGCCGGCACCAAGCAAUGUUGUUAGAUGAAGUAGAGAAUUGAAAAUUUUGAUAGAAUUCAUCAGAGAUUAUUUGCAGAUCAAAAGAGAAGCGGUUUAUUAUUAUGUCUUUCCCACGUGGGUGAUUAUGAAGGAUGAUUCAGUUCGGAUUGAAGAUAUUGAUUUGGCAGGAAGUUCGUUUGUCUGUUUUUUGUUUUACCUUUCUUGGUAGUUUUUUUUAAUGAUGUUGAAGCUCUCUCGGUUGCAGAUAAAGAUAAAAGAGAGGAUAAGCUCUUGUAAAGAGGAUUUGUUCUUAUUUAGUUUUUUGUUUUUCUGAAGAUAAAGACUGUGGUUGGUUUCUCAAAGUUUUUGGCUUUCAGUGCACUGAUGCAUACUAUAUGCCUUAAUAUUAUCUGGCCACUAUCUUUUUUCU